AUUUGAAGUUCCCCGAGACACCUCCACGCCACCCCCUCUUCUCUCUUUACAGACAGCAGUCUUUCACAGGUCUGACACGCCUCCGAAAAGCCGAAAGGUUGAAAAAAGAAACACCGAAAACUUACAAGCAAACAAAUUUUCAGAGGGAGACAAAAUAGGGGAAGAGAUCUAAAGAACAAGAUCACCAUUUUCUCUUCAGCUUCUUCUUGGAAGCCGAAAGAACGUAGCUUUGUCUGUGUUGCAAUGGCUGGGUACAGAGCUGAAGAUGACUACGAUUAUCUCUUCAAAGUGGUGCUGAUCGGAGACUCGGGCGUGGGCAAGUCCAACUUGCUCUCCAGGUUCACCAGGAACGAGUUCAGCCUCGAGUCCAAGUCCACCAUCGGCGUUGAGUUCGCCACCCGGAGCUUGGAUGUCGAUGGAAAAGUCAUUAAGGCCCAGAUUUGGGACACUGCUGGUCAAGAAAGGUACCGAGCGAUAACUAGUGCUUACUAUCGAGGGGCUGUGGGUGCACUACUUGUGUACGAUGUCACUCGGAAUUCGACAUUUGAAAGUGUGGAAAGGUGGUUAAAGGAGUUAAGAGACCAUACUGAUCCCAACAUUGUUGUCAUGCUUGUUGGUAACAAAUCAGAUCUUCGUCACCUUGUUGCGGUCUCAACAGAGGAUGGAAAAUCCUUUGCUGAGAGGGAGUCUCUCUACUUCAUGGAAACUUCUGCACUCGAAGCAACCAAUGUGGACAAUGCAUUUGCUGAAGUCCUUACCCAGAUCUUUCGUGUCGUGAGCAGGAAGGCCAUGGAGGCUGGAGAUGAAGCUGCUGCUUCAGCUGUUCCUUCCCAGGGAGAGAAAAUCGAUAUCAGUAAAGAUGUUUCGGCUGUGAAGAAAGGUGGCUGUUGCUCAAGCUAGAGUUUGAAUCUGCACCAGAUGUAGCUGGGUUUAUGUUUGCCGCAUCUGUUUCUCUGUAGACCGUGGUUGUGUAGAAUUUUUUCUAGAUCUCGGAGAUGUCUUUACUUCCAUUGUCAUUAUCAUUAAUUACCCAAGACAGAUGUUUAGCUGGUGAAGAUAAGCUUGUUUAGAAACAGAUGUUACAUGUCUCACUUUCACAUAGGUGUUGAAUGGGGCACAUUUGCACCAGAAUUCUGUACUUCAAGAAUUAUUCUUCAGAACACCAAUUAAUUGAAAUUGUUUAUUCGACCCCA